AUCUGAUGUGAGUGGAGUCAAUUUAACAUCCAUGAAAUCACUUAGGAAGAUAACCAUAAAUAUAAAUAACAAACAAUAACCAUUCAUCCAUCAUCAUUUCCUUCACCACUCUCAGUUAACUUAAGCACUCACUUCUUCUUCUUCUUCUCAAUCCUUGUUAUAAUAACAAAAAUGAUGUCUUCCUUGUUGAACCCCUCUUUUUGCAUCAACCCUAUUCAUAUUCAUUCAACUUCCACCCUUAACAAGAAUAACCGUUUCGCCUCCACCUUAGUAACAUGCACCUCCUCCACAUUCGAUCCCUCCUCUCACACCUCCAACAAUCACUCGCCUCCGCAGCCGGAUCCGCCCAACAGCAUCAAAGACGAGGCGCGUCGAAACCGCUCCGCCGCCCACAACUUCACCGCCAAGUACGUCCCCUUCAACGCCGGAUUCCAUUCCUCCGAGUCAUACUCGCUCGACGAAAUCGUCUACCGCAGCCGCUCCGGCGGCCUGCUCGACGUACAACACGACAUGGAUGCCCUAAGAAGGUUUGACGGCGCGUAUUGGCGCGCGCUCUUCGACUCGCGCGUGGGGAAAACCACCUGGCCUUACGGCUCCGGCGUGUGGAGUAAGAAGGAGUGGGUGCUACCGGAAAUCGACGCAGACGACAUCGUAAGCGCCUUCGAAGGAAACUCCAACCUCUUCUGGGCCGAACGUUUCGGCAAACAGUUCGUAGGAAUGAACGACUUGUGGGUCAAACACUGCGGAAUCAGCCACACAGGUAGUUUCAAGGAUCUCGGCAUGACGGUUCUGGUGAGUCAAGUGAACCGGUUGAGGAAAAUGAACCGGCCGGUCGUCGGAGUUGGUUGCGCCUCCACCGGGGACACCUCCGCGGCGCUCUCCGCUUACUGUGCCGCCGCAGGGAUUCCUUCCAUUGUGUUUCUCCCCGCGAACAAGAUCUCGACGGCGCAGUUGAUCCAGCCGGUGUCGAACGGCGCUCUGGUGUUGAGCAUCGGGACGGAUUUCGAUGGGUGCAUGAAGUUAAUCAGAGAGAUAACAGCGGAAUUGCCAAUUUAUUUGGCGAAUUCGUUGAACAGUUUGAGAUUGGAGGGACAGAAAACUGCGGCGAUUGAGAUUCUGCAGCAGUUCAACUGGGAGGUUCCGGAUUGGGUGAUUGUUCCGGGUGGGAACCUUGGGAACAUUUAUGCGUUUUACAAAGGGUUCAAGAUGUGCAAGGAUUUGGGGCUUGUGGAGAAGAUUCCGAGGUUGGUUUGUGCUCAGGCUGCGAAUGCGAACCCUUUGUAUUUGUAUUAUAAGAAUGGGUGGAAGGAGUUUGAGGCUGUGAAGGCUAAGACUACGUUUGCUUCUGCUAUACAGAUUGGGGACCCUGUUUCGAUUGAUAGGGCGGUGCAUGCUCUCAAGAAUUCGGAGGGGAUAGUGGAGGAAGCCACGGAGGAGGAACUUAUGGAUGCCAUGGUGCAGGCUGAUUCUACUGGGAUGUUUAUAUGUCCUCACACUGGGGUGGCUUUGACGGCUCUCAUAAAGCUUAGGAAUAGAGGUGUUAUUGAGGGUAGUGAUAGGGUUGUGGUGGUUAGUACUGCGCAUGGGUUGAAGUUUACGCAGAGUAAGAUUGAUUAUCAUUCUCGACUUAUUCCUGGAAUGGGUAGCUAUGCCAAUCCCCCUGUUUCUGUUAAGCCUGAUUUUGGCUCUGUCAUGGAUGUGCUCAAGGAUUUCUUGCACACCAAGUUCCCCAAGUAUAGGUCAACUUCCAUAUAAGUAACCCAGUUGUGCUUAAUUCUUUUUUUUUUUCUGUUCACCUACGAUCGUCAGUUUUGUAAAAUUUGUUUACGGUAUAUGAACAACCUGCUUGUGGAUUCUCGCCCUCUUGGGGCUGCUAACACAUUACAUUACCUUACUGUCGACAAUGCAACUUCGUGAACUAUUUUCUUAGAUGUUUAUGACAAGUAAACAUCAAGAAAAUGCUACCCGAAUGGACUUGUCGUGUAUAGUACCAGUUAUUCCCUUGUUGGUUAUUUGUACAGGAGAUUUUCAAUGUGUUAUUUUAUUUCAAGUGUAAUCACAUCAAAUAAACCUCGAAGCUUUUGUUACUGCUGAAAACCACUCUCGGCCGAAGAUAUCGUGCUGCUAGACUGUCUUGGUAUGUUUGGAUUUGCAAAAAUCUUGUUUUACAAUCAAACAUGAUUGCAUCCUUAAGAGUAACAUUUGACUGAAAAUUAAAAAUGUAGGUUGAAAAUUUCAUAUUUAGUCUAGCUACCAACUUGCUUUUGAUAUAAAAAUCUUAAACAUAUCUUUUGCUUCAAUUUAAAAUCUUUUCGGUAAUAUAUAAAUUUUAUUAAAUUAUCUAAAAUAAAGUUUGUAAAUAAUUUCCAAAACCAAACUGUAUAGAAAUGUUGAAAUAAAUCACUUCCGCUCUCAGGGUGAUCACGGGCAAAUACAGCGUUCUCAAUUUGACAAUCACGGGAGACUUGGCGCUUUUCCCACUCGGCUUUGUAACUAAUAGCAAAACAAAUAACAAAUCUUAAGUCUGCUGCGCACUUCAACCUGUAUCUGCAGGCAUCAUCUUCGUAGUCAACGGUUUAAGACGCAAGUAUAAUAAUCGAUUGCGACUUGCCCAAUAUAAUAUCUUCUAACAGACUUGUGGGCUGAUGCUAUUUCGAGAUAAACUAGGCCAAGUCAUGAAAGGUCAUAUCCACUGCAUCAUUUUUUUCCAAAAUUUGCAACUGGCGGAUAAAAUUUAAGGUAAAUU